AUGAUGCUACUUGAACCGGGUUACAUGUGCGCCUACGAUUUUCCGCUCAUACAUUUCUCAAAGCGGAAAACAGCGACAAACGACAACAUAAAUCAUUAUUCCGCGGAAUCUCCGUCGACAAGUCGAGCUGGCUCCCCAUCAGAAGAGAACUCGCUGGAUUCGGCCCAGUCAUGGUCGGCCGCAAUCAAAGCGGCCCUGAUGCCGGUCACACCGCAAUCCUCCAUCAGCGGUCAGAAACGAGCGGGCGACAUGGCUAAGCUCAAAGUGCCUAGUGAAGGUGAAAAAGGACGUCUUGGCUCGACGAUACAAAGUGAACAGGAGUUCUCCCAACUCUAUCAAUUAUUUGCUGAAGAGGUGAAAAAGGACGCCUUGGCUCGACGAUACAAAGUGAACAGGAGUUCUCCCAACUCUAUCAAUUAUUUGCUGAAGAGGUACGUGUUUAUGUUAGAUUGGAUUACGUUCUGCUACAAGGUUGAAAUUUCUGUUCUCGGAUCAGGUCAAUUCGGCACUGUUUAUGGUGGUAUACAUCGAAAAUCUGGCAAACAUGUGGCUGUAAAGUUGAUAGACAAAUUGAAAUUCCCACCAAACAAAGAGGAUUUAUUACGAGCCGAAGUGCAUAUAUUGCAGAGCUAUUUCUGUCAGAUGAUGAAAAUGAUUCAGGCAGUUUACAGUAAUCACGCGAGUCUGAAUGCAAGUGGUAGUAAUCACAAAAAAUAG